AUGGGCUCCAUCGAACCUCAUCCCUCUUACAACCUCUCGAAUCCCUUCCGGGCUCGAAUUCUCAAUGGGCAAAUCACCCCUCUCAUGUCCAUCAAGUUCGUCACGGGCAACGAAAUGCCCAUGAUGUGCAAGAUGGCCGGCAUCCACGCCAUGUUCAUCGACAUGGAGCAUUCCGCUCUAGACAUGCGCACCGUCGCCCAGUUGAUUCUCGCCUGCAACUACGCCGGAGUCUCACCUGUCGUGCGGUCACCCUCCAAGUCUCACUGGCACAUCAGUCGCAUCCUGGACGCCGGCGCCGCGGCGGUGGUAAUCCCGCACGUGGAAACCGUCCAGGAAGUCCGGGACAUUGUACGCCAUGCGAAGUUCGCGCCGCUGGGCACGAGAGGAUGCACGAAUAACCAGGCGGUCAUGAAUUUCCAGCACGUGCCGACUCUCAUGCAAAAUGAGAUCCUCAACAAGCAGACGAUGCUGAUCCCAAUGAUCGAGACGCCGUCGGCAGUCGACAUCGCGGAGGAAAUCCUGGCUGUUGAGGGUGUGGAUGGAGUGUUGGUUGGUUCAAAUGACUUGUGCACGGAUCUGGGCAUUCCCGGAAAGUACGAUAGCGAUCUGUAUCAGGAUGCCGUGACGAAGGUGAUUCAGGCAGCGAACAAAGUUGGCAAGCCCGUGGGUAUUGGAGGCAUCGGCGGCCGGUUGGAUGUGUUGGAGAAGUGGUUCGCGAUGGGCGCAACCUGGUCGUUGAGCGGUCAAGACAUGUCCAUCUUGCAGGCGGGGAUGAAGAGGAUUAAUGAGAAUUAUUCGAAUAUUAGCCAUAGGUUGAAUAAGAAGCCUUAG